CUCAUGAGAGGAGGAGCACGUGGGCGCGCGCUCGCCCGUAGCCGCGAGCCAGCACUUCCUGUUUUGGUGCGGACGGUUCCCAGGAAGAAUCGCGGUCUGCCGGACGACGCAAUUUAUUCUACAAGGUGAAUUCAUAGACGCUGGUGACAGUGGAUCCAGACAGAAUGAUGCCUGGGGAAAACAUAGAGGAGUCUGGGAAGGACUCAGUAGUGAGCAAUGGGGCGGUGUACGAGGAGAGAGAGGUGGAUGAUGUCCUCAGCCCCGAGGACCUGUCGGAGAUGUUGGCGGCGGGGACCAAGGAGUCCCACGACAAGGCGGAGAACGCUCCGUUUGUGAAGGACUUCCUCCGGGGGCGAAUCCGCAGGGAGAUCUUUAAGCUGGGGGCUGUAGCGCUGUACUACACCUAUACGGCCAUGGAGGAGGAGAUAGAGCGGAAUAAAGACCAUCCCCAGUUUGCCCCGCUCUACUUCCCUGCUGAGCUGCACCGGCACCAGUCACUGGGCCGUGACCUCCAGUAUUUUUAUGGGGAAGACUGGGAGCGCAGCAUAAGCUGCUCGCCGGCUACGCAGCGCUACGUGGCGCGCAUCCACGAGGUGGGCGCCUCCGAACCGGAGCUGCUGGUGGCCCAUGCCUACACGCGCUACAUGGGCGACCUGUCUGGCGGUCAGGUCCUGCGCAAGGUGGCCCAGCGGGCGCUCAAACUGCCCCCCACGGGGGAGGGGCUCAACUUCUACCUGUUCGACGCCAUCCACAACGCCAAGACCUUCAAGCAGCUGUACCGUAGCCGCAUGAACGAGCUGGACCUGGACACGGCCACCAAGGAGAGGGUGGUGGCUGAGGCCAACCGGGCCUUCCAGUUCAACUUGGAGGUGUUUGCAGAGCUAGAGGAGGUGCGGAAAACUCUUCCAGACGAUUCUGCUGAUGAGGCCAUCCCUGCCCAUGGCGACAUGCAAGGAGACAUUAGCAAGUGCCCCUACUAUGCAGCAAAAAUGGCAGCCUGUGGAGGUACGAGCUACGCCUGUCAGAUGGGCAAGGCGCUGCUAAGACACCCCACCGGCCAGGUCAUGCUGGCUACCUGGGUGGCCGUCGUCGCCGGAUUGGUCGCCUGGUACUUCAUGUGAUUGGGCGUGGCCAAAUAACAGCCGGUAGAACAUUCAGAAGGUGGAUGGGGAAGCUGAGACUGGGGGCCUUGUAGCUGCUUGGACAUGAAUCCACCAACGACAUGCAUUGUCUGCAUGUUCUUGUUCUUUGUGUCUCCAUCCUUGUUUUUAGUCUGUCCGCAGUGUUGUUUUUUUUGCUGUUUUAUCCCAGUUUAGAUCCUCAGUACCUUACAAAGGAAUAAUCCUUUGCCAAGUUCAUAUGGCACCAUUAAGAAUGCGUAGAUUGCUGUGAUUGAAAUUUUGAACUGUGUACUAUUACACACUUAUUUUUAAGCUGUUUUACUCAAAUUCCCAAAAUGAAGCAUAAUCAUUUGGAGGAUCUGUCCAUUAGUGUUCUGUUUUUCAUCUUGUCUGUUUUUUUUCUAAAUCCCUUUUUCUCAUUAGCUUGAACUUUCUAAUAACGCGUGUGCAAUAAAAUGAUCCUGAGAUGACAGCCUUUAGGGUUCCCUGCUAGCUUGGGAAGCCAGAACAGUCUUAGCUGCAGCGCUGCGCCAGUGCUGAGACGCUCAUUCUUGCAGACAGUGCAAUGCAUGCACAUAACUACACUGCGCUGCUUUUACCAGGAAAAAAAUGCAAAGGUAUGAUGUAGAGACCUUUACCAUGGACCAGCAGAUAAUACCACAGCUCACAUGCUUUUGAAACUAGCAUUUGGUGUGUUAGACCGAUAUUAGGAUGCCUUGGGAUCAAAUAGGAUUACUACCAGGAACUUUUCAUUAGGUCAAAUGGAAGCUGUUAAAUAGCAGGAGUGCAUUUGGUUCACUAGUGUCAGUAUGAGUACUGAGCAGUGAUACACACUGGACCUACAAACGUUCCGUUUCGAAGCCCUCAGGCCAAGUGGUUGCAAAAUUCAUUGAAUUCAGUUGUUGAGUCUGCAGUGUGAUCUAUUUAUUGAAAUGAUCUAGCCUGAAUUUUGACGAGUGUUAUAAGUUCUUUGCAGUAUUAAUGGUAGAUGUCACUAAUGCAAAAGGAUCUUUCUGAUGUUGGGUGGGGAUUCCUUUAGGCUGUCAUUUGUAUUCAAUACGGCGCUGACCUCCUCAGCGUGCGUAAGCUCCGGACAUCUGCCUGUUCAGUCUUGUGAUUAAACGGUUUGUCAUGUUGCACUUUUUUGAAAAUUGUUCUGUUUCAUAUGCAAGAGCUUUCUGUGAAGUUUAACUUUUAAUUUAUUUUUGGAAUGUACAAUAAAAAUGGAAUAGAGAUGAUACUCGCAACUAA